AUGGCCUCGGCAGUCCUCUUGCUUCCGCUGAUGUUCUCAGGCUUCCCAGCACUCAUUAAAGCUGAAGAGUUUCAGGUUGUGAGGGGACAGACAUUCUCUGUGAGAUGCCAGUACACGCUGAGGAGAGGCGCCUAUGAGAGAAAAACCUUGUGUAAGGAGGUGUCAACAAUAUGGUGCACCAACUUAAUCUCCAGCUCCAAGCCUGGAACCUUGUUUCAGACCUCUAGAUUUGUAAUAUGGGACAGCCCUAGUGCUGGCUUCUUCACUGUCACCAUGAAGGAUUUGAGGGAGGAAGAUUCAGGAUACUACCAGUGUAAAACCUCCCCUACUUCCGGACACUCUGCGUCCAGGGCCAGACGGCAACAACACCUCCCCGUCAGCUCCAGCCCUGCAGCCUUCAGCGCCCUGAUCCCCAUAAUGUGUGGACUCCUUAUGACCAAGAGCCUGGUGGUGGCUGCCCUGUUUGUCCUGUAAGUAGCCUGGAGGAAACAAUGUGUACAACACAAAUGGAGGGCGCUGAUGCACCCAGCCCAGCCCAGCCCAUGGACCUGUAAGCGCAUCCCACUGAUCCACAAGACUCAAGAUGAAUGA